AUGCUAAUCGUAACUGCUAUUUUAGAAGAGAUGCAUGAGGAAAUUUAUGUGGUUAACAAAAAGAAGCUACGUAUACGAAAAUGGAUCGAUAAAAGAGAUAAACUAGUAGUUACCAAUUGUCUUCUGAAGGAAUUAGCAUUGGAAGAUCCCAAAGAAUAUUUUGAUAGAUUUAGAAUGUCUGAAAGUUGGGUAAAUUUUUGUUGA